AUGAACCAUGCUUCCCAAACCUUCUUCCCUCACGCCAGCACCGGCCCUCCCCCAAACUAUGAGAUGCUCAAGGAAGAGCACGAGGCGUCUGUGCUGGGGGCGUCCCCGCCCGCAGCUCCAGUGACGUCCACCGUGAACAACAUCUGCAGGGAGACCUCAGUGCCCACCCAUGUGGUCUGGUCCCUGUUCAACAUGAUCUUCAUGAACUACUGCUGCCUGGGCUUCAUCAUGUUCGCCUACUCCGUGAAGUCUAGGGACAGGAAGAUGGUGGGCGACGUGAUCGGGGCCCAGAACUACGCCUCCACCGCCAAAUGCCUGCACAUCUUCGCCCUGGUCCUCGGCAUCAUUUUGAUUGUCAUAUUCAUCAUCCUUUGCACUGCAGCUCCAGUAAUAAUUGCAGAUAUGAUUCUGCUGAUGAAAGAGUCUUUCCAACACUCAUAG